ACGCAUAGAGCCGGGACUCAGGAGGGGUGUGUUUGAGUUUCUUUUCCCCUCGGCACCAGAGGAGAAACAGAAACUUAAGCUCGGCCGUGUUUUGGAUCAUAAAAGAGGCCGGUGCCUUGUUUCUGGCUGGUGUUUGUUUGCUUGCUUGGAGAGUGGGUGACGUGGGAGAACACACGCUUAAGAGCGCGUCUUGCUUUAAACCCGGAGCAGUAAAGCUGAAAGGAGUGCAGUGACAGCUCUCGACUCUGUAAAGCUCAGAAGUGAGGGGAAUUGGCAGUUUUGCAGUGAUCCUCAUUUCCUUUUGUCAUGAGAAUACCAGAGGAUUCUAAAGACUGAAGUCCACUUUAGCUGUUGGAGAAUUGGAUUAUGGCGAAGAAGAACAGUCACAAGGAUACGUCAGGGGUGGAGUUUGACACACACUCCAAAAUGGUCAUGUCCCAAGGAGGAACGUUUGAAAGGAUGAAAGAAAAGAUCCAUGCAGUUAGAGCAGUGGUUCCUAACAAGAGCAAUAAUGAGAUCGCCCUGGUCUUGCAGCACUUUGAGAACAGCGUGGAUCGGGCCGUGCAGGCCUUUGUCGAAGGCAGUGCAGUAGAGAUUCUGAAGGAAUGGAAUGUCACGGGUAAAAAGAAGCCCAAGAAGAAAAAGAAGCCCAAACCCCAGCCGGAAGCUCCGGUAGAUCCUGCCCCUUCUGAAACCGCCUCGUCCCCAGUGACGGAGUGUGCAGGUGCUGUUAACGGUUUCCAUGCCAAUGGUUCAGCUGGUGCCGAUGGUGAGUCUCUGGACUCGUUGAGCGAACAGCUGGACUCUGCCUCGUUGGACGCAGCCGAGCUUGAGUUGGAACCUGCUAUGCCUGAGCUCUCAGUCACAAGAGCAGAAGCAGAAUCUCAAAAGAGCUUAGCGGCAGCCCCAAGUCCAUCUCCCCAGCAAAGUACCAAUUAUGGAGCUCGACAGAACCAACACAGUUCUCGAGGCAACAAGUUCCGCCCAAGGCCUUCUACCGGCCCUCACAAUGCAGUUCUGGCUCCUCCUCUUCUGCCCGAUGACUGCCAACAAAGUUCAUCUGCAGCCAAAAAGAUUGCAUCGAACAUUGACCGCUCAGUGAAGGAUCUCCAGCGGUGUACGGCAUCUCUGACACGAUAUAGAGUGGUAGUGAAGGAGGAGAUGGAUUCGUCUAUCAAGAGGAUGAAGCAGACCUUUGCUGAGCUACAGAGCUGUCUUAUGGAUCGAGAGGUGGCUCUGUUGGCUGAGAUGGAUAAAGUCAAAGCAGAAGCCAUGGCUAUCCUGGAUAAGCGUCAGAAGCGAGCGGAGGAUUUAAGGAGACUCACUGACAAGUCUGCCUCCAUGUCCGAAGAGCAACUAACAGAACUCCGUGCCGACAUCAAGCAUUUUGUGAGUGAGAGAAAGUAUGAUGAGGAUCUUGGAAAAGCUGUUAAAUUCACUUAUGAACUGGAACCUCUUAAAGCCAGCAUCAUGGGCUUUGGAUCAGUAUAUCAUCCACAGAUUGGUUACUCCCAUCGCUCUCGCUGUAGUUCCACUUCUUCGUCAGUCACUGGCUCCGCCCCUGUAGAAGCCCCAGCUCAAGUUCAGCCCCAGGCUUCUGGUUACACAAGUCGCCCCAACGUCCCACACAAACAGGUGUUCCAGGGUAACAGACGUAUAUUUCAGGGUUAUCCGGGUCAGCGCCACAACGGCAGCAGCUCCUACUACGACCGUAAUUCCAACCGGACCAACUACCGCUAUUCAGGAGACCACCGUGCCCCGGGCGACCGUGCCCCGGGCGACCGUGCCCCGGGCGACCGUGCCCCGGGCGACCGUGCCCCGGGCGACCGUGCCCCGGGCAACUCCUCCAACUUGCAGUUCUCAAACAGCACGAAAGGCCCCGCCCACCCCUCUGUGUUAUCCUACCGGCAAGAUCGCCCUGCCCAAAAUGGGCUGCCACAGAGGCAACCUCGGACACCCCCGAAAAACCCCUGACACACCCUAAAUGCCCUGCACCCGUGUUCCAGUUCCCCUCCCAUCUCCCUCCCUCCCCGCCAGUAUCCUUCAUCCAAACCCUACCCACACCCCUUCCUCCACUCCCUUAAAGCCCCACUUCCCUGAUUUGCUCAGCUGUUCCAUACACAUGAAGAAUAAAAUUAAAGUUUACAUCUCUUGCUGUUGUUUUUUUUGAUUUUCUUUUUUUAUUCUUUUCUUUUUUGUCAGUUGUAGUGCCACCUCUUCCUUUUCCCCAUAUCUUCACUUAUUUUGUUCACUUGUCCCUUUGUCUUUUACCCCCCUACCUUCAGUCGUGCAUUCCAUGUUUAACCCAGUUUGAAUGUCAUUCUUCAAAAAAACAUUUUUUUUUAAAUGGCUGUUUCCCUUGUCAUUCUUCUUUCUUUAAGACUUAUCAAUUUUGUUUUAUUUGUUUCCUCAUUUGGGAGAGACCUAUGAUGCGUCGUAACUGGCUAAGAGCUUUCACUCACGAAUCUUGUUUAGUCAUAAUUUGUAAACAAGUAGUGUUUACACUGUUCGUAUUUCUUUCUUUUAGCUUUCAAUUUUGUCUUCAGUUUUGUAAAAUUGUUUUGUCUUUCCUUUAUUUUUAUUUUUUUAUAUAGUGCGCUUAUCAUACUUCAAGCUUUUGAGCUUUAAUAUAUCUUCUGUUCUUCAAAUGUGCCCCCCCCUUUCUUUUAGUGAUUUUUUUUUUUUUUUUUUCUUUUUUCCUUCCCCCCUCCUCUCUCUCUUGAUUAAAAUUGGAAAGUAUAUGUUUAGCUGCUGGGUUACUAGAUUUUGACAUUUGAUUCUGAAGUCAAUUGUUAACUGCAGUGUUGAAGGGUAGAUAUGGUUGUAAAAAGUAGAAACACGACCGUUAGUCUCUGUAGAAAUUUUAAGAAGUGCUGCUGACAAAAUUAAUGUAGACUGUCCACGGGGCUAGAUGUUCUGAUCGCGGUCAGCCAGCAUUUAGGUACGAAUGUAUGGUCAUCGUCAUUGCCUUUUUAUUUAUUGAUUUGAGUUUUGUUCAGCUCUCCCCAAGAGCGCUGUGCAGUGUUUCACAGCCUUGAUCACCAUUUCACCUCUAUUUAAAGGCCACAAUGGGCACAGAGGUUAGACCUGUGCGCCCUUAUCGAUCUUCCACAGUAUGCAAGCGGUGCAUUUUUAUUAUACCUGCCUUUGAUCACAGAACAACCUCACUUUAAUCUUUUUAUGAUAAGGCUGUGUGUAUGUACAUACAUAUGUACAACUAGUUAUUUCACUAAACACAUAUGCUGUAUUACCAUUGGUCCACAAUUUUACCAAGUAAAGAAAUACAGUUGAAGUUUGUCGAGUGCAUGUCAUUUGACCCCUUUGAAGGUGCUAAAACUGAAAUGUAGGACUUCAUCUCUUUCUCACUCGUAUACAGUGACUGAUAUACCUCAUACAUCGGCCGUUAUAACUCUGAUAGUCCAUACUGAAAACCAGGGCUGUGCUUUGCUUAAUUUGGGUUUGAGAAGUGCAUUAUAAACACUAAACAAAGUCUGUUUUUAAAAUAAAUAAUCUCAAUGCCCUGAUAAGUCCCAUUCCACUGCCUUAACAUCUCAACCUGCAGCCUAUAAGGCUGUUCUCUUUAAUGGCUGAUUUGUAGAAUGACCUUUUUCUCCAGUGCGUUUCAGUACAUGAAAGGUUGAAACUCUGUUGUGAUUAGCUGCUGCUUUGUGGUUUUCAUUCCUGGUCUCUCAAUACAGUCACUGCAUGCUUACUAUUACUGUGGCAACAGUGAAGUGUUUGCAUCCGUUUGUGCAUUCUUGUCACAAUGACGAAAUGGCACCACUGUUUUCUUCUGGAGUCUGCUGCCCCUCCACCAAAAUACAGCUUGAAGAUUAACAAAGUUUGUGUCGUCAUCUAGGUUGGAAUUCGCAUGAAAUUGGGAUUUGGUUCACUUUGUUUGUGUGCACGUUUGAAUGUUCAUGUCUGAUACUAAAGAUUGUUGGCUAAGCAGGGAAGUCUUGAUUGUUGUUCAACCUCAACCACAAAUCCAGCCCGUUUUUUUGUUUUCAUGCAAAUUUUUGCCAAAGACAUUUAUUUUUUGUUUUGUUUAAGUUUCAUUGUUAAUAAUAUUCCUAUUUCUAAUUUGUGUCUCUUCCUAAUGGGUCACUGACUUCAGUUUAUAUUCGCCCAUUCUUCCCUUCCUUCCGCAGUAGUAUCUGUACAUAUGUAUCUAUACAUUUUGUUUUUGAGUCCCUGUGUUGGGACAUAUGUAUGUUGUAUUGUUAGGCCUAUGGUUUACAUACAGUUGUUUAAAAAAAAAAAUAAUUAAAAAAAAAAGUAUA